GCGGCGCGUGGUCGGCUCCCGUCUGCCCGUGUAAAUGAUACCUUGCAGACGUGCUCCGCCUCCUGUAAGGGUAGGAGGUGGCUGCGGGUCGGAUGGAGUGUUUUGUUGCUUGGUGUCAGCGUUGCGGACUGUCUUCCGGUCGCUUUGUUGUUCUGCUGAAAUGCACGAGGGUGGUUGCACCGACUUUGGGAGGGAUAACAGCUGUCAUGCAGGUGGUGAAGGAGCGGGAGAAAUGACGGCUGGUUCGAGCCUUUUCCAUUUACUGGUAUGCGGGAGUAGAGACCUUUAUACGCACAGUCUCGUUUUAUGCCAAGUUGAGGUGAACUGAGAGACACUUUCUAAAUCUAGGCUACUGAGCAUAGGCUGCUUUAAUUAAAAGAUGAUCAGUAGCAGUUUAUAUGCACUUAAGCAUCAAAGUUCUGUGAACAGCUGGUUUAGUUAAAGUUUGGUUUGUUAAUGGGGGAAUCUUUUUUUCAACCUGUAGUACUCUGGAUUUUUAGGGUUGUCUGUGUACAACCCUACUGAUGAAAGUGCAGUGUACCGCACUGCUUCUUCAUAGAUAUUCUGAACAUACUUUUUCCUGUCCUGUCUACUCCUGGUCACUACAUUGAUUCUACAUGUCAAAGAACAGAUAAGGAGUUGCUGUAUCAUUGAGUCCAGCCUCUGCAAGUGGAGGCCUAUUGGCUUAUUGUUCCUCGGAGUAGAGCUGCUGUGUCUCUGUGAAGCUCCACGGGGACUAUCUGUUGUUGUAGUCCGUGUGUUCACCCAGUAGUUUGAACAUUAAUUUUCAGUUGCGUUUGUAGUUCUUCUUAAAGCUCUUCUUAAAUCUAGUAGUUCCAAUGUGUAAAAGUGUGGUAACAAACAACAGGUAAUUGAACCUAGUAUUCUAUUUGCAGCUUUGGUGUUCUUUAGUAACUACUUUUUUAGCAAAGGAGUGGAGUUAGCAAACUGACUUGAAAACCCUUGAUGUUGUUUGUUACCUUUUCCAAAGUUUCUCUUUUUACUGUUCUUGGUUUUCAAGUUAAUUCUGCCCUAAAUAGCUAAUUUUAUACUUCAGAAUUGUUGUAAACUUAUCAUGAAUGAAGUCUGAAGUUAGCCUUUUUAUACAUUAAAAGGUUCAAUUUUAAGAACUUCUUGUUCACUUUAUCUCCUGUAGUUGUUUUAAAUCUUGUUUCUGAAAGUGUGCACAAAUUCAAAUGCAGUCCAAAGUACAUAUAUUCUUGGGUGAAUCAUAUUUUAUGUCUUCCCUUGCUGAAUUGCCAAAAAUAUUGUGGUUUCAUAGCUGCAUCUUUCUGAAUCAAGUACAGCAUAAAAUAAUUUGGAGCUGUUUGUUGCUUUUUUGGUUGUGUUUUUUUUUGUUUUUUUCAAAUGGUCUGCUUGGCAUUUCUCCCCUCUGUGCUAUAUAAUUUAUUUUUAUUUCUUUCAGAGCAGUUGAACAGGUUUGCUGGCUUUGGUAUUGGCCUUGCAAGCCUAUUUACAGAAAAUGUCUUGGCUCAUCCUUGCAUUGUUCUGCGUCGUCAGUGUCAGGUUAAUUAUCAUGCUCGGAAUUAUCAUCUCACUCCAUUUACUAUUGUCAAUAUUAUGUACAGCAUCAAUAAGACACAGGGUCCAAGAGCUCUUUGGAAAGGAAUGGGCAGCACUUUCAUUGUUCAGGGCAUAACCCUGGGAACAGAAGGCAUCGUCAGUGAAUUCACACCUUUACCAAGAGAGCUUUCACAUAAAUGGAGCCUCAAACAGAUAGGUGGACACCUUCUACUCAAAGGGUUAACACAUGUGAUAGCAAUGCCUUUUUAUUCUGCAAGCCUGAUUGAAACUGUACAGAGUGAAAUCAUUCGAGAUAAUCCUGGCAUUCUGGACUGUGUGAAAGAAGGAAUCGGCAGAGUUGUAGGCAUGGGAGUACCCCACAGCAAGCGCCUCCUCCCUCUAAUGGUCUUGAUUUUUCCAACUGCUCUACAUGGAGUUCUUCACUACGUCAUCAGUUCCAUCGUCCAGAAGCUUGUUUUGCUUUUUCUGAAAAGAGAGAAUUCCCACAGCCUUUCAACAGAGAGCUCCACUUCUGUGCAGAGCAUGCUGGAUGCGUAUUUUCCAGAACUUAUCGCUAGCUUUGCCGCUAGCCUUUGUGCUGAUGUCAUGCUUUACCCACUGGAAACAGUUUUACACCGCCUUCAUAUUCAAGGGACGCGCACAAUAAUUGACAAUACAGACCUUGGCUAUGAAGUGCUUCCGAUCAAUACUCAAUAUGAGGGAGUGAGAGACUGCAUUAAUACUAUAAAACGUGAAGAAGGAAUGCUAGGUUUUUACAAGGGAUUUGGAGCUGUUAUAGUACAGUAUACCUUGCAUGUGGCUGUUUUGCAGCUCACCAAAAUCAUUUACUCAACACUGCUUCAAAAUGUUUCUUAAACUGUUCAUGUGUGGAUUUAGUACUGUGGACAUGAUACAGUUGUACCGUAUUAAGUCAAAAAUGAAUUUGAAAGAAUCUACUCUGUGGAUUCUCCCUACAUAGUAAAGCUUGUUUUAAAAAUAAAAACUUCUAAAUGUAAUUCAAAAGUACAAUUUAAAUUGAAAAUGAUGAAUUAAAUAUAAUAUACUGUCAUGCACAAGGGGAUCAGAUUUCAGAUAUGGCUGGAAUGAUUUACUUACCAGUUAGCUGAACUAAGGAACAGAUACGAGUUUAUAAUCUCUGCUAUAGAAACAUCAUACCUGAUAAUUUGGACUGCUAGGCAGUUUAAAGAAUAUUUUUCGUAAGUUGUAAGAACUUUGAAGUGACAGAUGACUUUACUGGUCUUUUUAAAGUGUUUUCAGCUUCACUUUUAAUGGACCUGUGAAUAAAAUAGGAACUUAAAUAGACACAAAUCACUGAAAUUACAGGUAUAUAGACAUUUUUUUUUGCUGCAGUGUAGCAGAAGAUGAAUCUUUUGCUUCAUACAAAAACAACAAAAACUUCUUUGGGGAUAAAAUUUCACAGAAUGUAAUAUGUAGCUGUCUUAUAGUUUGUUCACAAAGCUUACAGUAACUAAAGCGUGUGAAUAAAGCAAAUUAGAAACCAGAAUGUGCAUGUGUAAGAGCCAUUCUUAGUCAACUUUCCACUCGUAACUUCAGUUAAGUUUCAUUCUGCUACUUCAUCUAACAGUAGAAUAAGCUUGCAAAUGUAUUAAGUGUCAAUGUUCAAAAUACGCUGAAAGCAUAAGAGGUUAACUGACUAUUUUUGGAGUUUCUUUUGUUAGAUUGGAGUAUAUACAAAAUUGCCUACUUAAAGUUUAGCACUGAUGUCAUUUGCUUAAGAUCUCUGCUGGAUUAGAUAUUUUUGUGAAGCAGAACAAAGUCUGUUCAUGUGCAAGUAACUACUGAAAUGUAACAUUUUACCCUCUUCCUCCAGUAAAUCAAGGCUGUUAGUCUGGAAAUCAGUUUUUAUCAUCCAAAAUAAAUAACUCCUUUGUUUCAUCAAUAAAUAUGAUGAAGUUUUUUGGGAGGGCGGGGUAACAGCGGGAUGGUUUUAGCAAAUACAGCAAGCAUGUGGAGAGACUUCUAAAUUACGUGAAAAGUUAUUUAUCUUCUUCAGACUUUCUUGUGGCAAGUCUUUGAAUGCUGUAAAUUGAUGUUCAUUUAACCUUUAAGCAUUGUAUAGCAUUUAUUGUUAUGGAAAGUAGUCAUGGCUAAAUAAGGAAGUGUUGCUAUUCAUAUGCUCUGACUUGAAAUCAGUUGCAAGUCUACAUUAUUGUGAAAGGAAAUUUCAUGUCUUUAAAUACGUAAGUGCUGAAGUGGAGAGUGUAGUGAAGUUGGGAACUGGUUUCAUUUUGAAAUAUUGUUAAUUGGAAAUCUAGUGUACAGAAUGGAAGCAAUCAAAUAAAAUGAGAAUUCACUAAA